AUGUCCCGAAACGUGGACAAACCAACACAUAGAAGUGAGAGCGUUUAUGCUGUGCGCGAAGACCAAGAAGGACGACAGACCACAUUCAUCGAUCAGCUGUUCAGACUGAAGAUCACAUUUCUUCAUGGAUCGGUAUGUUUUCGUCUUAGCGUCGGCAUCAGCAAUGGGGACAACAAUCCGUUUCGUAUCUAUUUGCAAGUUACACCCGACCGUCUCCACUCACUCGAACCCACCAACUGCAACUUGAAUGACGAAAGCACGUCAUUGAAGAUGGCGAUGUAUCGCCAAGGCUGUACAAACGAUGUGUGCCGCCUCCAUUUCCGAUUGCAUAGUGGCGUCUGCGCACAACUUAUCGUGCCGAUGGAUUUCGGAUGUCGUGAGAUUCUCGAUGAAUCCGGCCGACGUGGUUACGACUCGCUUGCCUCGCUCGCGGCCACUUCGUCAUUCUCUGUCUACGUCCCGUACAACACAACCAUCCAACGGCAGCUCGAUCAAUGUCAGACUGCUGUGAAGUGUUUUUCGAAGUUUGCGGAAAACAGGCAGCAACUUCGAUCAUUUCAACUCGAUGUGGACCCGCAGAGGCUGUACGCUGGUAAAGGUGGCAGGGUUGUGGACCAUCGCGAUCGAACCGAUUUUCAGCCGGACUGGGAACGUGACGGAUCUACUACGCCAGCGACGAUCGAUUACGAGGACGACCCGCGGUAUCUCGGAUUACCUCCCCAGUAUGAUGGAUAUCCUGGGCAGGGGCUCACGACGACCUCGGCUGAUGUGCCGAACUUGUCCGAAAGUCCCGCAGUUGACUGUGCGCCACCGGACUAUAGCGCCACCGAACGCCCACCCGACGGGCCUCGUAUCAAACGUGCGUCUUCUAUGGACGACGACGCACACCAAAGCUCCAAGAGAAUUUGCUCAAUCGCCUCAACUCCCACACUGGGUUCGAUAGGAGACGGACAACAGCUCGAUGUGAAACCGGGAUCUCAGCACGGCUUGACGCUCCAGCUUGCACGUCUAGAGCGAUGCGUGAUGCAAUGCCAAAACCGGAUAAUACAACGAGAAGAGGACUUUCGGGGUGCCUUUGACUUUGUGCGGCACCGGCUGGCGGAGGUUGAGAAUCAGAAUGCGUCUUUAAGUAAACGGCUGGAGGAGGUUGAGGGUCAGAAUGCGUCUUUGAGUAAGCGGCCGGAGGAGAUCGAAGAUCAGGAUGAGUCUACGGAUAAACGGAUGGUGGAGGUUGAGGAUCGGGUUGAGAUUCUGGAUACCAGGGUGCUGGAGGCUGAACAGCUCGGGCAACAAGUGCCGGAUACGUUGGACGAAAUGCGUGAGUUGGCGAAGGACACGAUGGCCGACGUAAUAAACGAGCAUAUGGAGGAAGGAUGCGGAGGAGAUGUGGCUGUCAUGAAAAAGUAUGUACACAAAUACGUCGCGACUGGGUUAGCCGAUUUACGGACGAAGAUAUGUCAGGCUCUUCAAGACUAG